AUGGAAUUUACAAUUAUCUGCAAUAUCCUACUGUUCCUCGGGUGUUAUAUUCUGUUUGAAAAUUGGGAAGUGCCUGUUAAACUUGGGUCGGUUUUUUUUCCAAACUUACCAGAAAAGUGCCGAAUUUUUGUUGUAGAUUCGAUCCAUUUCGGGUAGUUGGUGGAUUUCCAACGAUUAUCGACUCGUUUUACGAGGAUUUUUUUGAAAACGCCGAAGAAAACGACAAAAAUCCUCAAAAUUUCCGGGUUGAAAAUCUACCGCCAUCAGUGGAGACGAAGGGGUUUUCCAGGUGAUUUUCAGAUGGAUUUUCGUCAAAUUUCGUCCAAUUUUCAGAAAUUUGAAUUGGUCGUGCCCGAUUCUCGAGAGUUCCACACAAUGUUUUUCCCUUUUCCGCUCCGCCGACUGCCUUGUCACGUCACAAUUUUCCCAUCAGUUCUGGCAGCGGCAUUCGGACGUUUCCGAGUGUUUUCACCUGAAAAACGGUCCGUCCGAGUGCAAAACUCCGUUUCAAAGUGGAAAUUUGUGCGAAAACGUGGUGGUCGGCGUGCGGACCGUUGGAAAUUUCUCGAUUUUCGAGUUGGACGAUGUGAUGGUUGAGUUUUCUGGUAAUUUGAAUUGAAAAAUUGGUAACUUUGUUUCAGGUUAACACGCAAAUUGUUCAAAAUUACGAAGAAACGACGAAUUUCGAAAAUUCCGAGUUUUCCUGCCGAAAUUACACUUUACGUGAGACCGUUUUGGCUGGCGGGGAGAAUGAAACAGGUCUAGACGGCUUAGUUUUGAAAAAUUUAAAGAUUUCUCUUCUUUUCAGACGUUUUCCCACUUUUUCAGUUUGGGAUCAAUAGCACAAUGAAUGCAGACAACUCGGUGAGCUUUUUCUGGUUUUCCGACACUUUUGGAACAGUGAUUUUCAGGCCUGUUCGCCUCCAUUUCCAGACGAUGUCUUUCUGUGCAACUGCCCCAAUUCCCCCGCUUGUGAAGUUCCGAUCAUGUAA